CUCCCCGCCCCUUGCCUUUCUGACGGACCGAGUGUAUUUCCGCUACAUUACCGAACUGGACGUGUCGUGCCCAGUAAAUAACCCCAUCCAUCCAUCCAUACAAACCAAGCCUCGAAUAACUGGGUAAAAAGCCGACAGUCAUGACACUCGCAUCUGAAAACUUCCCCUCCUCCCCUGCUUUCGACCUGAUCGCCGCCUCCCUCACCGCCCCCGCCGCCAAAUCCGACGCACUCAAAAAAGGCAAAGCGAUCUUUGCCUUCACCCUAACCAACAAGGCAAAAGAGACCGAGUCCUGGUACCUAGACCUCAAGACCACCGGCAGCGUCGGCAAAGGGCUAGCGCCCCAGGGUGAGAAGCCCGAUGUUGUGCUGUCGCUCUCGGACGAUGACUUUAAGGGAUUGAUUGAUGGGAAGGCGGCGGCGCAGAAGCUGUUUAUGGCGGGAAGAUUGAAGAUUAGGGGGGAUGUUAUGAAGGCUACAAGGGCUGAGGGGGUGUUGAAGAGCGCUAGGGCAGGGGCGAAGGCAAACUUGUAGGGGUGAGGGGGAUGAAUGGGACGAUGUGUACUUUUAGAGUUGGAACGGGCGGCCUUACCAGCAUUGGGCGGGAUAUAUUGGCUGUUUGUUUCUUCCACCCGACCACCAUGUAUGGUGUUUUUCCUUUUUUUGUGACAUGCUAGUGUUUCCGUCAACGAUCAGAGCCAUCUCAAUCAAACAUAGUACAAUACAACACCCCCGGUAGGUAACAAGAA